UGAAGGACAAUGUUGUAUUGGAUUGCUACGUCUGUUUCAUUAUUUCUUCUGGCCAGAUGGAUUUUAGGUGGUGACCCAAGGCCUGUUAAUGGGGUGUACUCUCUUCCCGGUACUUGGUACCCUAUCAAGUAUGCCUUGUUUCGCCUGUUGAUGCAGUUACGUCGGCGUCAGAAUGCCUCUAAAGCAGAAGUGACGUCGGGUGAUGGCGCCGGUUACGGCAUGAGGUCCAGAUCAAGUCCCGGUGAUAUGGACAAGCCACAGGACCUGUCCCCAGAACACCCACUUGCAGUUGAUGCUGUGUACUUCAAUGGUGGUGACAGGAAUGGGACCUACCUAGUGGCGGCUACAGCACGCAGACAUAAUAAUAUUGUACAGACAAUCCUAUUGAUCAGGAUCCCUGAUGUUGGCCUGUUGGAGUUCCCUACUCUGCCAGAAACUAACCUAGAGGGAACACAUCCUGGUGAGUUUGCUGCUGGAGGGCUGAAGUUGGAAGCCGUGGAGCCUAUGAAAACAUGGAAACUCACAUUCAGUGGAAAACUUAGGUUGCAAAGAACAAUGGAGCUAUUGGAGGUAAAAUUUUCGCUGGAUUGGACGGCCCUCACCAAAUAUUUCGACUUUGACACGGAUUUACACCCAGCUGUGAUGUGUGACGCCAUCGCUCGGGAAAAGUGGUCAAGGCAGUUCUUUGACACUUUAAAGCGGUCCCAUCAGACGCAUUAUGAGCAGUUUGGAGAGAUAACUGGAAAUAUUGACAUUGAGAAACAUGGUAUCCGGAAUGUGAAGUUACAAGGCGUUCGGGAUCAUUCUUAUGGAAAUAAACGUGACUGGUCGAGUUUCCAUAGAUACAUCCUGCAGUAUGCAUAUAUGGAAGAUGGGACUUCAGUUUGCUUUGGGGCGAUUUGCAUACCGAAUCUCAUGUCUAGGUUAAUUGUGGGUUACGUAUUUCAACCAGAUGGCAGAAUGGACGCUGUAUCCUCUACAGAUUUCGAGUUCUACACCAUGGGAGACGAUGGUCACCCGCCUAAAGAGUUUAGUUUAAACUUUACAGCAGGUAGGGACCACUACUGCCUGAAGGGGAGCCAAGUACUGGCGCCUGUGUUCUUCAUGGGUACGGACUGGGACGCUAAGAUCCAUGAACGAAUGUGCACAUUUACUCUGAAUGGCCUGCCAGGCUGGGGAAUAAGCGAAUGGGAUUACAGGUAA